UCAGAAACGGAGACAACCUGUACACCAAGACGUCUAAAACUAAUGUCGUUGUCUCACAAACAGAAGCGGGUGUGGAAGUACGUGGAGGAGGGCCGUCUGCUGAAGCUGAAGUCGUACCUGCGUAAGCACCGGGACUUGGACGUGAACUUCUCCCAGGGCAAGAAGGAGAGGAGCCCGCUGCAGCUGGCCUGCCGCCUGGGAGACGACGCUGCUGUGCGGCUGUUGUUGAAACACGGAGCCGAUGUUCUCCAGAGGGACCGGAGAGGAGACACCGCGCUACAUGUCGCUGCUAACAGGGCUCUGAAACACGGGAAAACAGCAUUUGAUGACCUGGUUGUGCCACUCAGGAAGAGUUGUCCAGAAGCUAUGAACACAACAAACAGUGCUGGAGUCACACCUGAGGACCUGCUGAACUGGAUGAAAAACACACAGACUGCAGCGAACAUGAGCCGUCCAACUGAAGCCAACCCAGAGAAGGAGUGGAUGGAGAAGCUGUUUGAUGAAUGCGAGGAUGAAUUCUAUGAAAGCUUUGGAGUUUAUGACGCGGAUGAUUUUCUUCCUGUUGAUGACGAUGAUGAAGACUUUGGGGACUGGGCUGAUCGUAUCAGAAGAGAGUAUUUUAAUAAAAAGCAUGCAGAAGCUCAACGACUGGCAGCGUCAUCUUCUGGGUGGAAAAAGAAGAAGAGUAAACAAGAGAGAGAGCAGGAAGAGAAAAGCAACAAGGAGCUGCAUGAAAAGCUGCAGAGGGAACACGAGGAGUAUCUGGCACGAGCAGCACGUAAAGAGGAAGAGACUCGGAAGGGCAAGAAGCGCCGGUACGAUGAAGGGUGCGCAGCUACUUUCCAAGGUGGCUCUUCAGAAGGCAGCACAAAGCUGAGCUACAGUGACAUCCCCUGGCCAGCUCCGCAGGGGACAGUGCAGGAGAUGCUGGACGUGAUGCUGCACGGCGUGGAUCGAAAGGACUUGCCCGUGUAUCGUAAAAUGCUCCGGAAGCAGCAGGCACUGUGGCAUCCUGAUAAAUUUGCACAGCGUUGUGAAGCUCGCUUAGAAGAGAAGGACAAGAAGCGGAUCCUGGACACAGUCACAACUCUGUCACAGGAGCUAAACAGACUGGCUCAAAGUCUUAGGAUGUAAAAUUCACAAUAUCGUGGCACAUUUUUAAUGUGCUUUUCUGGACAUGUGUAUGUAAAAAUUCACAUGAAUUCUGUUUGCAUGCACUUCCCACAGUAGUUUGUCUGGAGGAGUGGACAGGUCAGUGAUCGUAGGGUUGAUGGUUCAGGUGAUGAAGUAAGAACAUUUAAAGGAGGGGUUCACAGUUUUUCAAGUCUGUCCCAAAACAACAGGUGCCCAAAUGAACAUUGACAUGUUUGUCUUGCCAUAAUCAUUCCUCCUGUACAUACUGACUAUUAACAGGCUAUAAACCCUUCAUUAUACAGGUUCAGUGGCAAUGAAGUCAGUAUCUUUAAAUAAUUAGUUUUUUACUACCCUAUUCCCUGUUUUUG